AUGUUGACGGACGGGCUCCCUAUCCUCGGAAUCCCCGUUGGAAUUUGGAUUGUGCUUGCUGUAACACUGUUCGCUGUCUCCAGUUCCUUCUCACAUACUGCGAAGCUGAGGAAUGUCCCUGGUCCAUGGCUGUAUGCAGCAACAAGAUUCAGGUUGGCCUUCGAUGCCUGGCAGGCACAAUCUAUUCACACCGUGAACGAGCUCCACAAAAAGUACGGCCCUGUCGUACGGAUCGGACCUAACGAGAUCUCAUUCAAUAGUCUUUCUGCGCUGCGGACGAUAUAUGGUGCUGGAAGUGGCUUCGAGCGGACUGCUUUUUAUCAAAUGUUUGACGUUUAUGGUCGGCCGAACCUCUUCACUUUCGCUUCUGGCAAGCUCCAUCGCGAGCGCAAGAAGCUGAUUAGCCACAUUUAUGCAAACCAGACCGUGCUUGGGUUUGAUGCGGCGCAGCUGGUCAAGAGAAAAGUUGAGGGUUUUCUAUCGCUUCUGGAACGAGAGCCUGCUCUUGGGAGGGAGAUCUUUACAAGCUUGCACUAUUUCUCCUUCGAUGCCAUUUCCGAAUUCGUGUAUGGCCCGGAUCAUGGAGGAACGGCUGCUUUGCCAGGAUCUAAACAGUCUCGAGAACUCAUUCAAGACAUCCUCAACCCAGCUCGUAGGAGACUGGCAUGGUUUGCCAUCUACUUCCCUACCUACACAAAGUGGAUCACGACUCGCACAGGUCUUCUGGAGAGGGUGCUGACUUCGAUGGGGCUGAUGCCCAUGCGGAAGCCUUUCACAUAUUCUGGAAUCCGUCAGCAUGCAUUGAAGGCAUUCUACAGUUUCAAAAAUGCGCCGGCUGCUGUGCAGGCCAAAGCUGGCGAAAGCACAGUCAUUGGCCGCCUCUUCAAAGUGCGAGAAGAGGCCGGUCUGACCGACCUGGACAUAGCGUCCGAAUGCGCCGACCACCUACUAGCCGGCAUUGAUACGACUUCAGAUUCCCUCAUGUUCAUGAUCUGGGCACUUUCGCUCCCUCAGCAUAAGAAAUACCAAGACAAGCUCAGGGAGGAACUGUCGCACAUCUCCGUGGACAGCCAGGGGCUUCCAGAGCCCAAGGACUUGACCCAGCUUCCCUACCUCAACGCGGUCGUGCGGGAGUCUCUCCGCCUAUACGCACCGCUGCCUGCGUUUGAACCGCGUUCUUCGCCAGUCGACACAGUCAUCGACGGCUACAAGAUCCCUGCAGGCACCAUCGUAGGCAUGUCACCGUACUGUCUGCAUAGAGAUGAAAGCGUCUAUCCUUCUCCACUGGCCUUCAGACCGGAAAGAUGGCUCACAGAUUCCGGCACUCUGAUCCCUGAGUCGGACCUCAGGAAUCGAUAUUUCUGGGCCUUCUCCAGUGGUGCACGUAUGUGUAUCGGAAUGCAUUUAGCCAACGCAGAAAUGCUUACUCUACUGGCUGCCUUGUACCGGAAGUACACGACGUCUGCAGAACAUGCCGACACGUCGCCUGGUAUCACCAGCCGGUUUGAAAUUUUCUCCGAUGAGACCAUGCCCAAGAUGGUGGAACAUGAGUGUCUGAUUGACUUUGUGGAGCUGGAGGCCAGAUGA